AUGUUGACAUUGUUUCGUUUGGCACAGUCUAGGCCUUUUGUUCGCAAUCUACUGCUUUGGAAGCAAAACGACGUCUUCACAUCUGAGCCAGACAGAGCGCUCCACAGAGGUGGACUCGGAUGUAGAAUCAACAUCGACGGAUGGAUGCUUUGGGGCUCUGAUGCAACUGCAAGUAUGGCGUCAACUCCUCACAUGGCACCGUUCCCACAUUCCCGAUGCUUAGCCCAAUGUGUUGCUCAUGAAUACUUGCUAAGAGUCAUCGCCACUUUCUCUUGCGCAGUCACUGGUUAUAUUCGGUCUACGUAUCAAGCAGAUCAGCAAGUGCUCACCGAUCCGUGGUUUGCUCACCUUUUUUUCUGCCAGCCGAUCUUCAUCGGCGACGACGCCGUCUUGUUUCGGGACCCAGACCCGGAGCGAAGACCGAUAACUCCGAGGUAUUUCAAUCCCGCAUUUUCUGGCUUACGAGUAAGUGCUUCGAGGGGUCUCGAAUCAAGCAUCUUCCUUGUUGCUGCUGAUACUUCUCGGUGGGCCAGUCCAGUGCGCAGAAUUCGAACCAGCGUUGCAUUCGCCAAGAAUGAGCAGGUCAACGGACCAGGUACAGGAUGGACUAAAAAGAAGGCGUCCCUUUGCUUUCCCCAAUUUCUCAUGCUCGUGUUCUCACUUCUCCAACUCCCCGACAACACAUCAAGACAUGUUCCUGGGGAAAAGAAAGAGCUCUGUGGCUCCGUCCCUCGGCAAGUGACUCCAUCGCUUACCCGGAACCCGCUCGUUGCUGGUCCAGUAGGCUCUCUUCCCACAAUGGGGCAUCAGCCAGAGCCUGGUUCACUUGACUGUCUCCAUUCCCACUCCCAGGGGAUCAGUCAACAUGAAUGGCCACCUGAGAGUGGACCCCCCUACUCAGUCUUGGUUGAGUCUGCUUUUCUAGCUCCCAAGCUUAGUCUUAGCCGGGGCUUGGAGGCACUACCUUAA